GUUCGAAUACUUUUGGGAUAUCAAAUCAAAACGGCGAGUAUAGAUAAAUAAAAUGAAAUCGGACAUAUUCUAUUUAUCCGAUUCUUCGCGUGUGUGAAAAGGAGUGCAUUAUAUAUGAACGAUCACAAAUAAUUAAAAAAAAAAAAAACUGAUCGCGUGGGACACCACCAUGCUUCGCGGUAGGAGCAAGAACAGGCCGGAGAACAACGAGAACAACGAGGGAACGGACGGUAAACAGAGGAGACCGAAAUGCGCUCGUUGCAGAAAUCAUGGUCUCAUCUCGUGGCUGCGGGGUCACAAGCGGGAAUGUCGUUACCGGGAAUGCCUGUGCCCCAAAUGUUCACUGAUCGCCGAACGACAGCGAGUGAUGGCAGCCCAGGUUGCCCUAAAGAGACAGCAGGCUGCCGAAGACGCGAUCGCCCUUAAAAUGGCAAAGGUAGCGACUGGACAGAAGCUCGAUCGACUUCCGCCGGGGAAGAUCUUUGGAAUGUCCGUAACGGAGCCAAAAUCGACAUUGGAUCAAAAUGAAGAUGCAAUUCCUGCUUCGAAGAAGCUCGAUAAAAUUUCCGAGGAUUCGAAGGAUCUUCCAUGUGUGUCGACCAACGAUACUUCUCGUCUUCAAAAUUAUUCUGACGACUUGGAAAACUGUUCGAAAUCCAAAAGCCUCCUCUUCGAUACCAGCAAGCUGGAGAGCUCCAAGCAGUCCAUCCCGGUGUCCCAGACCUCCGUGGAAACUCUAGCUCGCCUCUUUCCAAACACCAAGCUGUCGGUUUUGCAAUUGGUGCUGCAACGCUGUGGCCAGGAUUUGCUGAAAGCAAUCGAGUACUUUGCGAGUGACAAUCUGGGUAUCGUUGAGCCAGCGAUGUCGACCGGUAUCGGUCACGCGUCUUCGGCCUUUCGACCUCCGCAGACGACGAUCAGUGUCGACAGCGGUGCUGGAGAACAACAGCAAUCGAUUUCCGGCACGAUGCUGGCACCAAUCUAUACCAGCUUGUCCAGAAACGUCUACGGGGACGCGGGUUACUGUCUGUUGAACAUCCUGCCGACCGCAGAGCAAUUCGCCAAGGGUACCGAUCUGCCGAUCACGAAAACCGCGGCGGAGCCUCAGGAGGCCGUCGCAUUAAAUUUUCGUUAUAAUAAUUAUUUUACUCCCGUGCAACAAUUGAGAGACGCGCAUUUGUGUGCUCAAGUGGCGGCAGACCGAUUGUCAGCAGCUAGAUCAGCCAGCAUCCUGCAUCAUCUGCCGCCCGCUGUAUUGCCAGGACUCCCUUGUGUGCAGCCGAAUUGUGCGCAGUGCAAUUACAAAUUUGCAUGAACAUCUUGUCUGGAUGAGAAGACAAUUGGAGAUAGAAGAGAGAGAUAUUUAUCUGGGAUCGUUGGAGAAGGAAAUCUCUUGAUGUUGACUUCGUUAAAGAAAGCCUGAUGUCAUAAAACUGAAAAAAAUAUAUAACGAGUUAAAACUUAUCAUAAUUUUUUGGUCGUGUUUAGAAAACUUGUGUUCUUUUUUUAAUUGAAAAAUGAUAAUCACAUUAGAAAGAUAUAAAAAAAAGGGUGAAGGUUUAGAUAUAUGUUGGUAUAUAUGAUUUCGUUAUCAAUUGAUUUUUAUAGUCUAUUGUGCAAAAGAAGAACCGACAUUAUCCAAUUUUCUGCGCAGGAGAAAGAGGAAACAACGCAAUAAUUGAAAAGAAACGCGCAGCGAUCGCCGAACUUUCGAACAAUAGGGGUGGAAUCGCAGCGAAGAUACCAUUGGGGGUAAAUUCGUCGUAUUUGUCGAAGUAAUAGGGCGGCGGUAAUCUAGUUAGAAAUAUUCGAUCCACCAUCGCGUAUAAACAACGCCGCUUGGUCAAUCGUACCGCGCCGCGAGCGAUUUACUUUGGCUUUGGUUUUAGAAGCAAAGAGAAAAUACGCUACGCUGUGCCGUUUCCUCCACCUCCCCUCUUAUUCCUCUCAUCUCAUCUUUUCUCCCUCGGGGAGAUCUCCGCGGCAUCGUGUUUCGAAUUACAAAGCACGCGCGAAGAAAUUUAAUCUCGCUAUCGACCAUUGAAAUGUAAUCCACCUGCUCGCUUGAAAAAUCAGUCGAGACAACUUUUCGUCAUCAUUUUUCAUCACUUCACAACUUUUUUUAUGCUUUUUAUACUACAUUCGAUCUUUUUACAAACAAAACUAAAAAUUGUGAAUGACUGCAUUUAGCGCUUAAUACCUAGCUUAAUACCUGAAUGGACUUGACAUUUUGAAUGCGAGUUAAUUACGGUUCAUUUACAGUCAACGUCGUCGUUAAAAUUAAAAUUCUUCGAAUCUGAAUCAAACUACUGAAUCAAAAUACGAAUGUGAAGGUUCGCUCGUGCAAAGAAUAUUAAUUUUUCCAUUGAAACGGUAAAUAAAUAAUUUUUUGCGUACGUUUUCCACAUAUAAUUUAUAUAUACAUAUAUUUUUUACACGGCUUACGUUAUAUCGCGCCCGAGUAAUAAAUAUGUCUCCCGAAAAAUAUUAAUUUUUUGUAGUCUUAAAAAUAAUUGGAUGCAAUUUUAAUCGUAUAAAUAACAAUGUAAUAACAAAAUAAAGGAAAUAGAAACUAUAUUUUCGCGUUUCCGUCUAACAGUUUUAAAGACAACGCAAAUAUGCUUUUCAGAUAAAUUUGAUUCAUACGAUUAAUCAUUCCAAAGAGUCAACUCCCGUUUUUACGCGAUAUGUCAGACUAAUUG